AAGAAUAUGUCAACAACUCAAUUUUGACAAAAAUGUCAGAUAGAACCUUCUAAUUCUAAGGCGACGAUGUGUCUUCUAACUUGAGUGUGCGCCGUUUAGUAAUUUUGGCCCACUUGAGACUCAUCAUGUGUUCAAGCUCCCUUACGGCAACACAGCAGAUGCACAAAUAAUGAUCACGUGUGUUUCGUUUUGCUCACAAAUUGUGUUUUUAUAACAGCAAAAUCGUAUUGAAUCAUAAUGCUAUAUUGUGUCGUGUUUAUCAAAAUAAAUAUGGAUACAUCGACUCAAUUUAUGCACUUAUGGCACUGACUUUAUAAAGGGCUAGUUCACCCAAAACUGACAUUUGUCAAUAUAUAUUCUGUGUUUGUUUACUUGUCACAAGCCUGUUUGAGUUUCUCUCUGCUGAACACAAAAUAAGUUAAUCUGAGAGUUGUCUAAAACCUACAACCAUUGACUUCUGUAGUUUUUCUUUUUCUUAUUUCUUUUGUUUUUAAGUCCAAAUUUACAGAUUUUCAGUUUUCUUCAAAAUAUCUUGUUUUGUGUUUAACAGAAGAAAGAAACUCAUAAGGAUUUGGAACCCCUUAAGGGUGAUAGAAUUUUCAUUUGUUUUCCUUUCCUCAUCCUUCCAGCUGUAAAUUAAGUCCUAAAGUUACUUAUUUGACAAAAAAAAAAAAUGCAUUUAAUCUAUGAGAAAGUACACAGCACUUGUUUGUAUGCACAUUUUGAAAGACUGCAUAAAAAAACUUAAUGUAAAUACCAUGAGGCACACAACGGAGUAGCAUAAACAUUUUAUCCAUUCUGAAACAAAGUGCAUCGUCUACAAAGGACAUAUUUACCGAAUAAACUCCAGUAUGUGUAUCAAAAAAGUCAUGUGAGUUGGUUUUGAUGGAUUGAAGAGAGUUAUGUGUUGCCAUUAAUAGACAAACCAGCAGGCCAACCACAUUGUAAAAAAAAAAAUCUAAAAUGUUUUGGCCAUUCAAGGUCCGUCAUCAAAGUAAUAAGAUAUUAUUACCUCUGUCUUGAGCAUUUUAUGCCCCUUAAAGCACCAAAGUUGAACACACCUACAGUCAUAGUUUUUUUGUGCUGCUAUGUUCCUGCUUCUACUUUUCUUUGCCUCACCUCCUCAUUUGUUCUUUUCUGCUCUGUUGAUUGUGCUCACCUGUUUCUCUGUUUGCUCUGUCUGAGAUGUCAAGGAAAACAUUGACGCGUAAGUAAAUUUAAAUUUAGUAAUACUGGUAUAUCUAGGUAUGUAUGUUUAAAAAAUAUGUUCUCUUCACUUUUUAUAAUACUCAUUGGUAAAUGAAAUUUUCUAUACAUUUGCAGUUUUCAAACAUAUCAGAACGCAUGGGCAUUUGGGGGAAGUCUGUGUAUCCUUUUCCAGUCUUAAUCUUUAAUUUUUUUUUAAAUCUUAUUAUAUCAGUCAUUUAAAUGUUGGCUAAUGUAUUGCAGUUAUUAGAAUGAAUGUGUAUUGCACCCUGUCUGUCUUUUUUAACUAUUAAUUGUUCGUGGUGUUAUGUUUAAUGUGUUCCAGCAGUCUUUAGAUUUCGGCCUGACUUGUCAUCAACUCUCUUCUGCACUGCUGUUCUGGUCUUUCCCGUUUUUGCACUUGUUCUUCACCUUGUCUUGUUGCAUCUGUCUCCAGCCCUUGCCGUUAGCAUGUCCAACUCUUCCAUACCCAAGGUGGGACUCUCACUUAUGGCCGCGACAGACCAAGCCGACGCCAAACAAAUAAAAAAAAAACAAAACCCAACUGUGUUGCCGCCUCGCGUUGGAUCGUGUCUGGACCAAAAAGCUGCACGUGAACACACCGAAGAUACGAAAGCCGAGUGAAACGAGAGUCAUGUUGUGCAUAAGAGGACAUGUCUUUUUGCUCCGCAGGCGGCAGUAUCUGUUUUCUCAUUAUGCAAAGAGAAACCAAACUUCCGGCGCACAGAUGAAGCGCAAGCAAAGCAGCAUUUAGUACCAUUUAGUGUCAGUCACGCUGGAGGGAUUCACUUGUGAAAAUAUGUGCGAAAAACCAAUCAGAGCGCUUGCUUCAACCGACGACUGACACUGAGGAAAUUGACUAAGCACUGUUCGAAAUCACCUUCUAAUUGAAUGUUUUUGGUGUUUGUAUGGAUGGACGGUCCAUGUCAGUGCCGGAGGGAGAAUCACUCUAUCUAGACACCAAUGUUAAAGUAAACCAACAGCAAAGGAUCAGAUGGAGUUUCAGCGAUGUCGACAUUGCUGAAAUCACUGGAGACCUCAGUUUUAACUGUACAGGUGUUCAGUGCAAAGAUGGUGAUGGUAAAUUCAGAAACAGACUGAUACUGGACAGUCAGACCGGAUCACUGACCAUCAAAGACAGCAGAAUCACGGACACGGGAGUUUAUAAACUGCAGAUCAACGAGAGCAGACAAACUGAAAAAAUCUUCAUUGUUACUGUAAUUGGUUUUUUUCACUUUGGCUCUCAUGGAGAACCUGUGUUUGUAGUGAAGGGAGAUUCAGUCACUCUACACUCUGGUGUUGAAACAAACCAACAAGAAAAGAUCAGGUGGUAUUUUAACAACACCCGCAUCGCUCAAAUCACUGGAGAUUUCACUGAAAUCUGCACUGAUGUUCAGUGUAAUGAAGGCAAUGAGAGAUUCAGAAACCGACUGAAGCUGGAUCACCAGACUGGAAAUCUGACCAUCAUGAACAUCACAAACACAGACUCUGGAGUUUUUCGUCUUCGGAUCAUCAGCAAUGACAGCAUCAGUGAAAAGAUCUUCAUCGUUGCUGUAUUUGACAUUCCUGGUGUGGAAAUGAGAAGGAAAUCAGUAAGGAAGGGAGAAUCUGUCACUUUUGAGACUUGUUUAGUAAACAGUCAAAGCUAUGUGAUGACGCUGUAUUUUAAUAACACUCGCAUCACUGAAAGGACUCCCAAUAAGACCUGUUCAGAUGGCCAGUGUAAAGAUAAUGAUGAUGAGAGAUUCAGAGGCCGACUGAAGCUGGAUCAUCAGACUGGAUCUCUGGCCAUUAUGAACACCACAAACACAGACUCUGGAGAUUAUAAACUACUGUUCAACAGCAGCUUAUUCAGCAUCAUGAAGAUGUUCAGUGUUAAAGUCACUGCUGUUCCAGAUUCAAAUGGGCGCUCUAAUAGAAUAGUUGGUGUUUUUUUGGCUGUUGCUCUGCUGAUGGUUGCAGUUGGGAUUUUGGUUGUCUUGAGAAAUCGUCACAUCAAUCGUGCACAUGAACAUUAUGGCAAGCAUUACAUAACUCUAAUUUUACAAGAUGGGGAUAUAAGCUUUAAAACCAGAUUUACUUUUUAAGUUUUAUAUAUAUAAACACACAUACAGUUGUAU